GAAAGUUGGGCCAAGCCCACUACCUCCCAAGCUGGUCAAAGUAAAAAGGAAUUAGGGUUAUUGUCUUGCCCAUCAUUGGCAGACAGUAGUAAAAAGAAAAGAAAACAACGAGUUGAAGGAGAAUUUCUGCACGCGGUGUAAUUCAUUAGUUAUAACUAAAGACUCUUAAGCCCUUGCUCGAUAUUUCAGAGAAGGCAGGUGACGGUAAAGAUCUCGUUGGCUAGAGGAUCCGAGUAGCAUAUUUCUGGUUGAAACCGAUAAUGUGAUAGCAGGAAAUAGGUCAGAAGUUCAGGAGGGAACUAAAGUGUUGUAUUUGACAAGUAAUCGUCUUUUUCAACUAUGGAAAACUAGCAGAUCACAGGCAGAGCUAUGAAUAAAAUUUGUUGUAGUGGAGGGAGUUAUAAUCCCAACACGACAUGUAACUCAGCCUACUAAUAAAGGUAGUACUGGUCCAAGCGAUAAAGGUGUUAUUAUUGAGAUAUUUAUGUCCAGGAAAGAGAAAGAGAUAGAGUGAUGGAUAGAUUGGAUACAACAAAAUAUGGUCCAAGACUACACCUCUAUAGAUUUAGAUUGUCGAAAGAUAAAAUGUAUCCUUGGAAAAUUCUAAAGUUAAAACCACCAAAAAUACACAUCUCAUAGUUUCAAGAGAUCUUUAAAUGUUCUUAGCUAAAAAUGCUUGAGAAAUUAUGAGUUCUAGUAUAAUCUUCAUGGAGCUAAAAACCUACAGAAGGAUGGUGUGGCCAAUACAUGGGAUGAUACCAUAUUAUUAAGAAUGUUGACAUGAGCAACAUCAUUGCCUUGAGGCGAUUCACAAAGUUGUUUAUGGAUUGUUUAUUUCUUGACAAUUGAAAAUGUUUAGCUUGAUUGAGAGUUCAGGAAAUUGGUUUAGAUGAUGGAUUUGAAUUGGUAUAUGACUUCAUAUAUUUCAACAGGCUAGAUGCGCUCCCUAGUUAUUAUACAAUAAAGUAUUUCAGGUUUAGUUGUUUGUUGGAAGGUUGGUAUCCCCUUAAAUAACCCCACACAUGAAGACUUUAACCUACUUUGAGGUAGUUGAUAUUACUAAAAGAAUUGUAAAUUUCUAACGUGAUUAAUGAGCAAACAUUCAUUUGGGAUGACCAAAACUAAGUAAUCCUUCAAUGAGAAAUUUUUCAGCGAGUCAGAGUUGGAAAUUAUGAUUACUUAAGACAUUAGGCAACACUUUUACUGGGUACUAAUCCUGUGGAAAAUGGUUUUUUUUAUUAGUUGGACAUGUAUGUAAAGCUUGUAAGAUUCGAGUUGAGAGAAGGGAUACCAUAAGUAAUUAGAUUGUAUUAUAUGGUUAACUUUGAUAUGUCGUUGGGUAUAGAUGGGUUACCUUCUCCAUAAAUACUUUCGAUGGACGAGAAGACAGUUGUUUGAAAGAACCACGAAUCUAUUUUUUUUAUAAAAGAAGAAGAGGAAGGAAGUUACGUAGAGUGAAAAUGUUAUACCCUCUAUUAUAACGACUCAGGGACUUGUGAAAUAGGGAUUUGUUGUGUCUCUUAUCUAUGUUAAAAGAGAUGGAUGCUCUCUUAUCUAUGUAAGGCAUACAAUAGAUCAUAUACUUAGUUGAAAAAGUGCUGCUACCGAGAGAAUUAAAUGAUGUAUUUACUAUGAAUUUUCCAGGAUUUGUAUAAUAUGAGAAGUAAAUUUUGGUUAUGAUUUAGCGCCUGACUCCCAGACCAUUUAAUACCACCAUAUAUAUUGCACCAAUGAAGCUGAGAGACCUAAAGAAACAGUUGGUACACCUACUAGAAAGACUUCAUAGAAACCAACUGUACAAAGAUAUUUUUUGAAAGAAAAAAAAAGUCCUUGAGAGUAUAUUAAUCGCUAACAGUUUACCAAGGUAACAAUAUGCAAUAAGUUACCACUGUCUCAUAACGAUUACAUAUUUGUUCAGUUACCAGUAGUCACUUAUUCUUCUAAUGGUUUUUGCAUUGCUUAUCAUCGACUUUAAAUCAGAGAGUAUAUUCUUAAAAAUAGCAUCCAAAACUCGAUACAUGCAUUAUAAUUUCUUUAUGAUAUCUUUCAGACUGACCAAUGUGCCGAUUGCACUCAUGUAUUUAACGAAUGAGGUAUUCAAGAUAUUUCUUAAUAGAUUGGUGCAGUGUUAUUUAUUAUAUUAUGGUACAUUAUCUAAACUAGGAAGAAUACAUGGAUCAACUCUAAUGCUACAAGAAUAUCAGCUUUAUGUCAAGUUCUCCACGUGUGAAUUUUAACUAGACUCGGUGACACAUCUUAGAUUUAUUAUAUCGGAGGAUAGGAUGAUUGUGCAUCCUAAGAAGAUAAGGGCUAUUCAAAAUGUACAAGACCUGUUAUUACUAUGGAGAUUCAAAAUUUUUAAGGCUUCGCAGGCGUACAAGUUGUCCAUGCGAGAUUUCUUUAGAAUAGUAGUGUGCCACUAACCUAACCGAUUUAACACAGAAAAAUAUGAAGCUUUAGUGGAUGGAGAAGUGUGAGCAAAGUUCUAGAAAACUCAAAAUCUAUUUUAUCGUUAUACAAUGCAUUUCUUACAAUUAGAACCUAGAGGAUUCACUUUGUUUUGUGAUGGUUCGAGGUUGAGAUUAGGAUUUUUUUUUCCUGUGUAAAAUAAUCAUAUGAUAGCUUAUGCUUCUAGAAAAUUGGAGAAACAUCAGAAAAACUAUUUAACUCUUGAUUUUAUAAAUGGAUAAAGUGGUAACUACUAUAAAGGUUGGAUGCAGUACCUAUACAAGCUAAACUUAUGGGAUUUAUAUGACUAUAAAAUCUUGAUGUACAAUUUUCCAAUUGAGACCUGAAUCGUUGACAACAUCGGCAGAUAAAAUUAAGCAAAAAUUAUGAUUGUACUAUUUUUGCAUCAUCCUAGAAAAGCUGAUAUUAGGACUAAUGCAAUGAGCAAUAAAUAAAUAAAUGGUCUCUAAUUAGUUUGGCAUAGAUAGCUCUUGAAAAGAGAUAAUUGGUGAUACAUUGGCAGAAACUCAAAGGUACAGGUAUCAGGUUCACUAUGAGAAAUUUAGAGACAUUUUGGUUGGUAUACAAACCAAAUCUUCACUAGUAAGUGCAUUAAGACUACUAAAUAUGAGGAUGAACUAUUUUGCAAAUACCAAGAUGCGGUCUCCGCUGGUAACAACUAGAAGGUGACUAAUGAAUGGAAUAGUAUUACCCGACUAUGUAACCAGUUAUGUUCACUAGAAGUAGAUGUGCUACAACGAGCUAUUCUUGAGGAAGACACAUCUCCAGAUAUAUUAGAUACCCUGAUUCCACCAAGAUGUAUUAUGGUCUAAAGUAAUCAUAUUGGUGGAAGGUAUGAAGUAAGAUAUUCCUAUCGUUAUUUCUAGUUGUUUGACUUGUUAUCAGAUAAAAACUUUGAGCAUUAACAAACCCUAGACUUCUACCAUAACUUGUCAUCCCAGAGUAGCAAUGGAAAAGAGUUAGUUUGGAUUUUGUGAUCGAAUAUAAUGAACCCUUAAAGGUCAUGACUCUAUGUGGUAAUUGUAGAUUGGCAUACUAAAUAAGGAUAAUUUUUGCCAGUAAGAGCUACAUAUGGUGGGGUGAAGUGUGCUCAGUUAUUUAUGGAUGAAUUGUUCGACUUCAUGGAGUUCCUCAGUCCACCAUUUUUGAUAGAGUGUCGUAAUUCUAAGAAGCAUUAGAUACCCAAGUAGAUCUUAGUACUGCAUUUCAUUCACAGACAGAUGGUCAAUCUGAGCGUACUAUACAAAUCUUGGAGAAUAUGUUGAGAGCUUUCAUUCUUGAUUUUGGAGGUAUUUGGGAUAUUUACUUACCUUUAGCUGAAUUCUCUUACAAUAAUAGUUUUCAGUAAAGCAUUCAGAUGGCUCCAUAUGAAGCCCUGUAUGGUAGGCGAUGUUGUUCUCCUAGUGGGUGAUUUGAAGUUGGAGAGGCUAAGGUUUUAGGACCAGACUUGGUACAGGAUGCUAUGGACAAGGUUCAAUUGAUUAGACAGAGGUUACUCAUAGCUCAAAGCAGACAAAAGUCGUAUGCAGACAAGAAGAGAAUAGAUUUGGUGUUCGCAGUUGGGGAUAAGGUUUUUCUACAAGUAUCUCCUAUGAAAGGUGUGAUGCGAUUUGGAAAAAGAGGUAAAUUGAGCUCGAGGUAUGUAGGACCUUAUAAGAUACUUAGGCGUAUAGGAGGAGUGGAGUAUUGUAUGGUACUUCCUUCCGAGAUGUCUUUUAUCCAUCCAGUGUUUCAUGUCUCUAUUCUAAGGAAGUGUAUAUCAGAUUCUUCACACAUACUCGAAGCACCGACCUUGCAACUUGAUGAGAAUUUAUCAUAUGAGGAGGAACCUGUGGCUAUCAUUGAUCAACAAAUAAGGAAGUUGCGGUCGAAAGAGUUUGUGUCUGUGAAAGUCUUAUGGAAGAACCAUACCAUUAAAGAAGCUACACGGGAGUCAGAAAGGGAUAUGAGACUCAAGUACCCUCACUUGUUUCAGUCUACAAGUAUGCACUUAUUUUAAAAUUCGGGGAUCAAAUUUCUUAAGGUGGGGAGAAUGUAAUAUCCCAUGUCAUUUUUUUAUGAGUAUUUGUUAAAAUAAGAAAAAGAAAAGGGGAAAAUAAAGGGAAAGUUGGGCCAAGCCCACUACCGCCCAAGCUGGUCAAAGUAAAAAGGAAUUAGGGGUAUUGUAUUGCCCACCAUUGGCAGACAGUAGUAAAAAGAAAAUAAAACAACGAGUUGAAGGGGAAGUUCUUCACACUGUAUAAUUCAUUAGUUAUAACUAAAGACUCUUAAGCCCUUGCUCAAUAUUUUAGGUAUGCUUUUGACUCUAAUUUUGAAUUUUUGGUAGGGUAUUGACCCCUCUUAUUCAUAAGAUUGUUGGGUUUAAGAAAUUUAUCUAUCAAAGACAAGAAAUAUGCAUAGUAAGGUGUGAUUUCGGGUGUAAAAUUUGAUGAAUUGAAAGUUAUUCUGAAAUUUAUAUAGACAGAUAGUCUAAAGUAAUGUUAUGGCCUAAACGAAUAAUUAAUAUGAGCUUGAUAAGAUGUGAUUAUAGAUUCGAUUGAAGAAAGUCAUACGAACCGUUCGAGGUAACGAAUUUGUUACUCCGACAAGUGUAUUAUGAGUAGUAAUCUUACCAUAAUUUGUGUUUAUUAACUUGCAUAUUUUAUACUUGAUUUUGAUAAAACAGUGAGUUACGAAAUGCUUUGAAAUUGCAUGUGAGGCAAGUCCUUUACUUGAUAUAUGAUAUUGAAAUAGUUAUUUGAGAUAUGAUAUUAUUACUGUGAAUAUUCUACACUUACAUGAGAAAUAAGUAUUUUGACAUGUGUUUUUAUUCAAGUUUAUAAGUAACAUGAUUUGAUAUGAAUUUUAAAUGAUAUGUACUAUUCUGAAAAAGCUUUCAUAUGAAUAUCUAUUGUUUACAAAGAAAGUAUAAAUGGGAGUAGACCUUGUUUUGAAUCCUGCAGCUAACGGCGGGAUCGUUAGACCUGGUGCACCUUGUAUUUACUGAUAAUUGUUACAGCCCUCGCUAGUGGAAAGUUAGAACUAGCAUACUGAUAUUGAUAUGAUAUUUGACUCUUUUAUGAGGGGUCCACUACUAUGGGCUAUUCUUGAUGAAGAAGAAUGCCACACUGAUUACAUGAUUCAUUCUUGAAAACCUCUCAAAUAUGUAAUAUUUGAUAUAAUACGGUGUUUUUUGAGUUUAUUACUGAACUAUUGGUUCACUUGGCUUACAUGAAACAAUGAUAUUGUUUAUCGUUACUGUUUUCUGAAAGAGCAUUAUUUUAUAAUGUUUUAUGACUUGUCUCCAUUAAAAUGGUUGUGGUUAAGUGUUAUUACUCACUGAGCUAGCGUCUCACUCCUCACUAUUAUU